CAGUUCGUCCGAUCGCUCCCCGCCGGCCUCGACCAGCAGCAGCGGCAGCAGCGGCAGAAGAAGAGUGUUAACUUUGGCAUGAAGGUUUAUGUUUGACGUGGCGCGAAGGAUUUCCGACGUGGCUCGAAGGUCUUUUACCGUGGGGCGAAAGCGAAGGUCGUUCUUCGACGAGCCGGCGGGAAGGUGUUUUGGCGCGAAGGUUUUUGCCGUGGCGCGAAACAGGAGCUCUUCUGCCGUGGCGCAAAAGCGAGGGUCUUUGUUUGACGACCCGGGCAAGGUCCCACUUGCACGGAUUUCGAGAUUCUGAUCGUUGAUCUGUGCUAUCUACGGUCAAUAUCUCUUAAUUUGUGUAAGUGGGACCUAGCCCCCGGGAAGAUCUUUACCCUGGUCCGAAGGUGUGUGCUCGUCUCGUCCUCGAGGAAAAGCCCCGGAAAGGACAGAUAGCACAUACGCACGUGUACAGGCGUUCACAAUCUCUUUCUUUCUCUCUCUCUCUCUCUCUCUCUCUCUCUCUCUCUCUCUCUCUCUCUCUCUCUCUCUCUCUCUCUCUCUGUGUGUGUGUGUGUGUGUGCGUGUGUGUGUGUGUGUGUGUCUUUGUGGGUGUGGGUGUGUCUUUGUGGCGCGCUCGCUCGCUAGCGAAGACACAGACAGAUAGUCUCUCUCUCUCUCUCUCUCUCUCUCUCUCUCUCUCUCUCUCUCUAUCUAUCUAUCUAUCUAUCUAUCUAUCUCUCUGUGUCUCUGUGGUGGCGCUAACGAUCGAUCGCUCCGUCGCGAAGACAUACACAGCACAGAUACGCUGACAGAGGGGAAGAGAUGGCCGAUCAGUUGAACGAAGAGGAGCUUGACGAGCUCAGGGAAGCGUUCAGGCUGUUCGACAAAGAUGGAGAGGGAAGGCUCGACGGGAAGAUUGCGAUGGCCGAUUUCGGAGGUAUCAUGCAUUUUCUUGGUAAAAAAAUGACUCCGACGCAGAUCGAAGACUUGAUUAUGGAAGCGGAUCCCAAUCGACGUGGAUGGAUGGAGUUCUGGGAGUUCCUCGAAUUCUUUGGUAAGCGGAAGGUGGAGGAGGAGCGGAAGCGAAGGAUGAUCUGUUUCAAAGCGUUCGAUUCGGAUCAUGACGGUACACUCACUGCCGCUGAGGUCCAGUCGGCGUUGGCUCGCCGUGGAAGAUUAGUUACACUGAAGCAAGCGGAAGCUAUCAUUCGGAGAAUGGAUGUUAACGGUGAUGGACAGGUUAGCUUGGACGAAUUUUUGGGGACGGCCAAAGAAAAUGCAGCAGGAAGAAGAUGAUGGGGAUCGGGACUAUUAGCAUCAGUCAAUAAUAAUAAUAAUAAUAAUAAUAAUAAUAAUAAUAAUAAUAAUAAUAAUAAUAAUAAUAGGCAAAAAUGAUAUAUCUCUACAUUAAGAAGAUGAUGAGGAUCAGGAAGAUUAGCAGUAGUCAGUCAAUAAUAAUAAUAAUAUAUACAAAUGAUAUUUCUCUAAUAAUAAUAAUAAUAAUAAUAAUAAUAAUAAUAAUAAUAAUAAUAGAUAAAAAUGAUAUAUCUCUGCAUUAAGAAGAUGAUGAGGAUCAGGAAGAUUAGCAGUAGUCAGUCAAUAAGAAUAAUAAUAAUUAUUAUUAAAUAAUAGAUGAAAAUGAUAUUUUCUUUCUACAUUAAGAUGAGUAAUGAGGUGAUGAUGAUCUUUCUUCUUUCUUCUCUCUGCGUCUCGCUCUCUCUCUUGUUCUCUAUGUCUCUCGCACGACACCGUCUUUCUCUUGGUUCUCUGUGUCUCUCAGGACACAGGGCAUGCAUGUAGAAAGUCGCACACUUGGACGCUGAGAGAUUAUUUGCAAUACCAGUAUUUGCGUGUGAAGAGCAAUCGACCAUUGCUUGUCUUCUUUCUUUCUUCAGACGAUAUACGUUUACUUCAAAAAUAUUUCGAGGCCGGGGUAGGAUUGCCUGUUUUCGUU